UUUUUUAAAGUAGUCUUUAAGUGAAACGAGUCUGGAACAGAAGAGAUUCGUUAAGAGUGCAGUAUUGUUUUGUGUUAAUAAAUAAAAAGAAUUUAAAUUUUGUAUUUGUUUUACGUUAAAAUUUUAUUAAAUAAAAAAAGAAAAAAAUUAUGAAUUAUUACAAUAACGAUCGUUAUGUUUCGUACCCCUGUGUAAGAGCUUUACUUAUGCUCUUUAAUAUAGCUUUUUGGAUAUCUGGUUUAUCGUUAAUAUGGAUUGGUAUAUGGAUGCAAACAGAUUUUCAAAAUUAUCUACAAAUCAAUUCAGCCUAUUCGGAUCAAGCCCCCUAUGUUUUGCUGAUAAUCGGUGCUGUAAUAGUGUUUGUAAGCUCCUUAGCUUGCUCUUGUAUUGUCAAAGUACAAUCAUCAAUGUUAGUUAUUUACGGUGGUUUUUUGAUAACAAUGCUAUUUUCGCUAAUUUCGUUAUCUGUCUAUGUCUACACUUAUAAAGAUGAAUUAUUGGACGGCGUCUCGAGUGGUAUAAGUAAUCAGAUUGAAAAUUACGAUCAUCAACAUCCAGGGAGUUCUGCCAACAUAAUGGAUUUCAUUCAAAGAAAUCUACAAUGUUGCGGCAAUGAAAGUUUUCUUGACUGGCCACAGAAUUCCAUACCCUCAUCAUGUUUCCGAUCCCAGCGAAUGAGUGUUCACAAAACAACUACAGAUGCCAAUAAUGUUUAUGAAAUUGGUUGUCAGUAUAAAUUGCAAAGUUUAAUCAAUAACAAUUUAACAACGGUGGGCGUUGCCACAUCGGCGAUUGCAUUGUUUCCUUUAUUCGGAUCAAUAUUAUCGCUCGGUCUGUCGAUGAUGUACAAUAAAGGAGGAUAUGAAAUUAUUAUAUAAUAAAUAUAGAUUUACUAAAACACAAA